AUGCCUUGAAAGCAGCAUCUCCCCAUGUCUUUCAGAGGGAGGUUUUGCUCUGUGGCUUCCAAAGAGUUAAAGCAAAGGAGUGGAUUCCUAGAGGGGAAGUCAGUGGCCAAUGCUAAGCCUCCUGCAGGCGAGGUCCCUCCUCUUCUGGCCAUGUGGGAAUCUUCCUGGAGGAGGAGGAGUGAGUGGGUGAGCCUUGCAAGGCUUGUGGAGGAGGAGAGAGUGUGCCUUCCCAAGAGGGAGAUGGCUCUUCUGCCCAGGCUGGAGCCUGGCUGCAAGGACACAGGGCAGGUGGGAAAGCAAGAAGCCUUAGACCCUGAGCCAAGCACGGACCCUCCUGCCUUUCCUGCUGGGAAUGGAGGGCAGUUCUGGGAAGGAGGCCUUGUGGGGAAGGGGCUGCGGGGAGACAGCCCACCUUCAGAGGCAGCGCCAAGCCAGAGCUUCAGGCAGUUCACCUACAAGGAGACUUUGGGGCCCCGAGAGGUUUGCAGCCGCCUCCACUCUCUCUGUUGCCUGUGGCUGAAGCCUGAGGAACAUACCAAGGCGGAGAUGCUGGACCUGGUGCUCCUGGAGCAGUUCCUGGCCGUCCUUCCUGCAGAGAUGGAGCGCUGGGUGAGGGAAUGUGGGGCAGAGACCAGUUCCCAGGCCGUGGCUUUGGCGGAAGGAUUCCUCCUGAGUCGGGCAGAAGAGCAGACGGAGAAGGAGCAACAGGCGGCUGACUUGUGGGCAGAAGUGGCCAUCGCAUUGGAAAGGGCUCCCUCCACCAGCGAACAAAGGGAACCUCCCAGCUCCACAAGAGGUGAAUCAGAACCAACACAUAUUGGCUUCCCUCUUCCUUUUGAUGUUCUCAGCACACAUUCUGUGACACCAGAUCAGGUGACCUUCCAAGAGGUGGCCGUGUCUUUCAGUGAGGAGGAGUGGGCCCUGCUGAAUACGGACCAAAGGGACUUGCAUCAACAAGUCAUGAAGGAAAAUGUGGAGAUGGUGUUCUCUUUAAGGAACCAAAGCAGGCAGACCGAGGCUAUGACGGCGAUCCUGACAUCCAGAACCUUCUCCAUUACUCUCCCUGCUCAUCCAUGAUACAACUGAUUUUUUUUUACAACUGAUGUGCUCCUCUUUUGAAUCCUCUGAUGAUUGCUGAUCCACCCAAAUAAUAAAAGAAUAAAAAACAAUCAGGCAGUAGGGUUAACUUCAUCUUAAUCAAUGAGUAAUUCAAGCCAUGUUAGAAGAAAAGGCUAAUGCAUGAUGGAUGUAUUCUUACCCAAAUCUGGAUGAAACUGCAGUUCUUCACCAUAUUACUUGUUGAAAUUUGGAGGAGGGGGCUUGCAGUUUAGGCCAAUGUACUCACUGGAUAGAAGUUGUAAUUGUUCUGCUUCAAAGUAAAUGUACACUGCUUUGGAAGACUUUAUCUGUGUAUUUACAUUUUCCCAUAACAUUCCUGACAGGUUAGGUUUUAUGGCACUUCCAUGAGGUUCUCCUCUUCAGGGCGACAUUCUUCAGGUGUAGAGAAUGAUGACAUUUCCCCUGCUCCCCAGCUCACUUUUAUAAAUGAAAAUGAAUGGACACAAUUCCAGUCUUAUGAUAUCCUUAGUGUGAAUUAAUGGGGUCACCACUCUUUACACAAGAGCCUUGUGGAAGUAGAUUCCCUUUGACCAGGAGAGACCCUUCACAGCUAUCAAUGACUGAAGCCCUUGUACGGUUUUGUGGGAAGUUCAAUACAAACCCACCAAGAAAAUUCAACAAAUGCCACAAUCAGCAAAGGAUAAGAGGUGUUCUUUAACCCAGGCAUGGGCAACCUUCGGCCCUCCAAGUGUUUUAGAUGUCAGCUCCUACAAUUCCUGACACCCAAACACCUGAAGGGCCGAAGUUUGCCCAUGCCAGCAGGAGUCUACCAUAUCCCAUGCAGCUGUGGACAAGUCUACAUAGGGGUCACCAAAUACAGCAGCAUUGCCCAGACACGAAUCAAAGGACACAAAAGAUUAGUGCAUUCUGAUUCAACCAAAGAAGUCAGGUAUAGGAGAACGCAUGAUGAACCAAACUGGGCACAGAAUAUUAUUUGAGAGCACAGAAAUGCUGAAACAGUCUGACAACCUCCAUGUCAGACUUCAUAGAGAAGCUACUGAAAUCUACAAGCAUGUGGAAAAUUUCAACAGAAAGGAGGAAACAAUGAAAAUGAACAAUAUCUGGUUAUCAGCAUUAAAAAACACCAGAAUCAAAACAGUAAAUCGAGAACACCACUCGGGAAUUGCAGACAGCAAACAAUCAAGUGGCAGUUAACAGCCCCCAAACAAAGGAUGCCUCCAGGCAACAGAAACAUAGAUACCUCUGUCGAUACCCUCACUGAUUGACUUAGCAAACUUCAUAACUACUCAGUGCUAAUCAAGUUAAUUGCAGCAUUCACACUUGCUUCAAACAGACAAAGAGUUCUAUCUCCCACCCUGGACAUUAUUCCACAGAUGAUAGAUAGAUAGAUAGAUAGAUAGAUAGAUAGAUAGAUAGAAAGAAUCUGGGGAACAGAGUAAGCUCCCGCUGUCAGCCCCAGCUUCUGCCAACCCAGAAGUUCAAAAACAUGCAAAUGUGAGUAUAUCAGUAGAUACUGCUCCGGCGGGAAGGUAACGGCGCUCCAUGCAGUCAUGCAGUGGCCACAUGGCCUUAGAGGUGUCUAUGGACAACGCCGGCUCUUUGGCUUAGAAAUGGAGAUAAGCACCAACCCCCAGAGUCGGUCACAACUGGACUUAACGUCAGGGGAAAACCUUUACCCUUUACCUUAACUACCACCAAUUCCUCAAUACUUUAUUUCCCAUACCACCAUACUUCGCCACAGCAACGCGUGUCCGGGCACAGCUAGUGUAUUUAUAAAUGUAUUGUAUAAAUGUUAUCGAGACCGCAAUUAGCCCAGAUCUGCCCUAUGAGGGAGAUCUAUGAGGGAACGAGUCUUGGCGAGCCGUUAGGGAGGCAGAAAAUAACCCGGAAUAUAAAUUUACCUGAGACCGAAAGGAAAAGACUCUGCCAAGUUGAAGGAAAAAAACUGUCAAAGUGUUUAUUAAAACAAUUCAAUUGAAAAGGACAUCCGCCGCGAUAGAUCGACAUGCGAGAUGUAAUUUUACAUUGAGAAAUAAAGCCAUUUUAUACAUUUUCAAGUUUGAAGUCUGUUUGAACUUCCCGCCCAGUCCCUCCGCUCAUCUGGCUGCUGAUUGGGCAAGGACGCCGCACUAGGUGGGAGUUGGGCUUCCCGCUCUGUGUUCGAGCCAAUGAGGAGCAACCCUCGCCUCUGCCAGGGCCAAUCAGAUUGGGGAAGGCGGGAGUCAGCUAGACAAUGGGUUCUGGUGAAUGAAUCAUUGGAGUUAUCUUAUGCAAAGCGAUCACCCGAGGCUAACGCCUUCCAGGAUAAUCUUAAAAUUAUUGCUGUUUUUGAAUAGGGUCAUUUGGGAUGUCCGGGGUCCUUUACGCACGUACACAGUUCAUGAAUACCGUGAGGUAUGGCGGAGAUGUCAGUUUAUAUUGACACUAUGAGAUUACAGAAACCGGACCAGUGGGGAGUCUUCCUUUGGCUCCCCAGGGGUCCAGGAUGGGAUUGUGGUCAACAUUACCAUAUGAGAUACAAUCACCCGUGGGGCUGCUCCGAUCUAAGGUGACAAUCUCUAGCUAUGGGUCAUGCAGAUGCAAAUAGAUAAAGUUUUAUGGUGACAGUUUUACCCUUCUUUGUGUGUGGAGCUCAAGGUUCAAGAAGAGGGAGGGAGGAAUUUCCGGAUUCAGCUAGAGUUCAGACUGUGCCUUCAUUGAUUAAAACAUACUAGGGGAUAUAGAGAAUCAUAUUAUAGCCAUUUUACCCCAAAACUACCAGAAAAAGUAUUAAAUAUUAACACUUAUAGCUCAUUUUCCCUCCCAUUUCCCAGCACAUUUUCCCUCCCUGUGCUGACCGGGGAGGCUAUUUACGCAAAGAGAGCGAUUUGACAGUCAGCUGUUGAGCCGAGGAAAAAUGGUCCAAAGUGGUUUCUGCUGGUCGUAUUUUUAAGACUAGACGAUUAUAGGCAUAAAUAUGAAAAAGGGUAUUUUUGGUGUGAAAUUGAGUGAGUUCUGAGUGGAAAUAUAGGCUGGGGGGGGGGGGGGUGUGGGUAAACAAUCUGGCCAUAUCGCGGGUUUCCUGGGGACCGGGAGGAAAUUCAGGUUCUCUCCGGCUUUAAAGCGGAGAGUAAACCCGGUUUCCUUUUUUUGUAAUAUAAUAUAUAAAAAAGGGAAAUAUAUGAAUUUGGGAAUCUUCCAGGGGACCUAUAGACCAAGUGACAUUUGGCUAGACAGUUAAUAAAGAAUUGUUUCCAAUAUUUCAUAAACAUAUAAGCAUGCAAUUCAUGGAAAGUUCAUAAGCAGUUCAAGCAAUAGGAGGUUCAUGAAAAUAACAAAGUGAAGGGAUUCCUGUUGAUUCCAGUCCUUGGUAGCCUGGCAACAUAUGAAUGAGAAGUCCGGUCAUUCAUAAAAAUGAAGAUGAAUGGAUGAACGGAGGAGGAUCGCGGCUGGUCCUUGAGGAAACUAUAUUUCCCUCUCUCUCUGGGAGGGUGGCAGUCCACCAGCAGCAGCCUUGGGGAGAAGCCCAGGUUCCCAGAAAACAGCCUGCCAGCCGUGAGAGAGGAGAAGCGGCUGUUGCGGAGAAAGAGGCAAACGAACCGGCUUUUUGACAGUCAGCUGAUUUGGGGCUUCAAACUGGACCCAUUCGGGCGCUGUUGGUUAUUUGAACCAGGGACCUCAAGGAGUGUUAAAUAUAAGAGAUAGGCAUGCUUGGAGUGUUUCUGAUGAAGUUAGGGUCCAAUUUGUUCCGUUUCAAUGGCAAGGAGAACGUGGCGAGGUUAAUGGAGGAAGGAGGGGAGGGAUUUCAUGCAAAGGAGUCAAAAAGGAUACAAAAAAACCACUGGAGAGGAUUUCAAGUUAAAAGGAAAGGAUACUUUUUAUUUAAGGAUUAGUUACAAUGUUAGGGCUGGGGAAAGCAAUGAAAAGAAUUUAAUAAUAAUAAUUUGUUGUGGUCUGAACGUUCUCCCACUUUGCAGGCGAUCCGGAUCUGUGGAACCCUCCGCAGUCAGAUGAAUUUAAAGGCGGGGGUCUCGGUCAUCAUAAAUGGGAAUGAAUUGCUUUCCAGUAAACUCCAGGAGGGGUGUGAGGGAAUAUGAAAUAAAGUCUCCAUAUUGUGAUGAGUUCACUGGAAAGGGUUGCUAUGGCGACAGCUGCUGAGCCAGCCAGCAUUCUGAUUGGUUGCUGCCUCUGGCUUGGCAGAGGCAGACCAACGGUUUUUCUAACUGACAUUAUAAUUCUUUUUUUCUUCUUCUUCUGGAGAAUGGAAGAAAGAAACUGAUAGGAAUUUUUGGCCAGGAAUGUAAUGGCUGUCAUGCUCUCCAAAGUUUGAGUAUUUAAAGAAGAGAUGAGGCAUAUUUAAAAGGACUGUUGCAUGUUGUUGCCCUGUGUAUGUGUUUGAACUCUUGAACCUGAAUAAAGAUACUGUUAUUGUUUUA